AUGCUCCCUGGCCAGCCCCGAGGGCCCCCAGCUCCCUGGCCUCAGGGCAGACGCCAGCAGAGCCAUGUCCCAGGGAUCACGUCUUCUGAGUCUGAAGGAACCCAGGCGCCCCGUCAGUCCACGGAGAACUCAGGCCCUAAGAGCAGACACUCCAGGGGCCCCGCCCGGUCCCACGCGGGCUGCGUCGAGAGAGAGGGAGAGAGAGAGGUGGGCCCUGAGCAGAGCCCUCCAAUGUCCACUCCAGGGGCCCAGAGGCCGGGCGUCUGUGCAGACCCUGCCAUCUCACCUGUCCCUUCCUCUGUGGCCCACGCCACCCACCUGCCCUCAGAGGAACAGCUCGAAGCCGGGAGUCUGCGUGAAGUCACGCCGGGCCGCAGACAGCCCCCGCUCCCAUGCCCGCAGCCUGCAGCCCACCUGCCGGCCCCUCCCAGCGGCCCUCCCCCACCUGCCCGCACUGCCCCCGGCGGCCCCUCGUCACCACGACGUGACACCUCCGCAUCAACCCCCCUUCCCUUCCCUCCAGCAGUAGGUGCCCCCGAGGUCUGUGCCUGCUCCCACGUGACCUGUGGUCCCCAGAGAGGUGGGCUCUGUGUCCGACCAGACAGGCCAGUGGAGGAGAGGGCCCUCAGCAGGGCCCCGCGGCGGCCACAGCGGCAGAGCCAGAAGCCCGCUGGCAGGGCAGGGGCCCCAGUAUGGGCUUGCCCGGGGCCCAGCCCCGCCUCGUGGUGCCCAGAUCGUGCCGACAAGCAGGACGGACGGGGCAGAGGCUGCCGGUGGAGCGGAGACCAGACGAUUGAGGGAGUGAGAGGCGUGUGUGCCCCGGACAAGCCCCGUCAGCCCUCCCCAGAACGCUCAGCGCUCGAGGGCGCUGGAGGGGGGCUGAACACGUCAGGGCCAGACGGGUGGAGGCCAGAGCUGUCCUGCUCUGAGCCUCUGAUCCCCCAGCCACCUUCCCUGCCUGACCCCCGCAGCCUGGCUCCCGCUGUCCCGCUCCUGCACCCAUCUCCCUCCGAGGCCACGUAUGGCCCCAGGGUGGUCCCGUCGCACAAGGAAGACAUCCCUAAUGGCAGAAUCAGGCAGCGGCCGCCGGCUCCCAUCACAGGGAACUCCCAGAGCUGGCGCUGCACCAGGGGAGCCAGGGUGCACAGGGCCGGCCCCGUGGGCCAGGCUGACCAGGAUACAACUGUGCCAGUGUGGACCUCGAUCCACUCCCCCGCCCACCUUCUGGGCCAGGGUCUCAGCUCACUGUCCUACAUCAUCUUCCUCUCCUGGGCCAGGCUCUCCGGCUGUGGGCCAGCUCUGCUCCUUACCCCCACUCUGCCUGCUGUGGCCACUCUGCGGCCUCCUGCACCUCUGCUCGUCAGAAGCAAAGUCCCCGUGGGGGGGCCACCGGAUCUGACCAGUGAGAUUGACCCCUGGUGCCCCCUGGGGUGUCCUCCCAAGGCCGACGGAGAGGGAGCCUGCAGGUGUGAUUGCGGGGACUGUGUGGUGAAGUCCGACGGUGACCAUGUGCUGUGUGAGACCCCGUGUGUCUGCGUGCUGCUGGGUGUGCAGGGUGCCCCCCUCUCCCUACCUCCCAGGGCCUGUUUCAUCACGAACUCCAUGGUGAUGGCUUUGAGUUCUCAGCGGCUCCUCGGAGGGUCACAGCUCACAUGCGAAUGUGGCCAGGAGUUCUCUGCUUGGGGAGAGGACAUGAUCACAGGGAUGGGGGCGUGCAGCUCUGAGGAGCCUGCCUUUGAGAAGCGGGGGCAGGCCCAGGGGCGUUUGGAGGUGACUGGCUCUGCUGCCUCUUUGGUGGAGCCCUGGGCCACAGGGGCGGGGACCCAUCUAAAGGAUGGGAAAGCACCGCGCCGGCGGACAGCGCCCGCCGGGGGCCGACUGAGCGCCCAGCCCGGGCCGGGUAGGGGGCAUCUGGGGCCGAGUGCCCGCCCUGCGGGUCCUGGGAAGGAGCUGCGCGCGGGGGCGCCGGUUACCUUCCUGGGGCUGGGGCCGGGGCGCGGGCGGGCGGUCAGCGGCAGAGCGCGCUCGGGCCGGCCGGGUCCAUGUGGCGCCCCUGGAAAUGCGGCGGCAGCUGAAGGGCACCGCGAGGAGGGCGCAUCACAUGUAGGCGUUCCCCGCCCCCCGCCCGCGUCCGAGCGUGACGAGGUGGGCGGGGCCGCGGCGGCUGGGCGGGCGCCCGCGGGAGGCGGGGACCGGAGGGGCGGAGCCGCGCCCCCCUUUCCCCUCCAAAACGCUGACCCCGGGCCGGAUUCGGGGGGGGGGGGAAUCCCGGGGCGCGAGCUCCCGAGCCAGCGCGCACGACCCCGGCCCACCCCUCAGUCCAGAAGCCCAGAUACUGCCCCCAGCCACCGCCACCCGCUCUGUGUGGACCGGGCGGGGGCCGACCCCCCAACGCCUAGACAGGGUCCCGCACUCCCAUCCGCUUCCGCCCCCCCGCCCCCGCCGCGGCCGCCCCCUCCCCGAGGCCUCCGGGAUUUCCUCUGCGGCGUUAACCGCGCUGCGGGGAGACCGGGGUCGCUGCAAGGUCGGCGGCUCGGCCUCCAGUCCCACCGCCCCUCCUGGGGUCGCAAGAGUGUUGUGGGAGGGGUCCGGGUCUCCGCUGGCCUCCUGGUUGGCCCAACUGUGCGCAUCGGUGGCCCGGCAGGGCCCCCCAGCCGGCAGGAGACGCACGGGGCUGCAGCCUCCCCGGACGCAGGGGCUGUGGGAGCUGGCCUCGGCUCUGUCCAUUCCUCCUGCCAGCCGGCUCUGGGCGAGGAGGUGCAAGGUGGGCGCUCACGGCCCCGUGAGCACCCAGAAGAGGACCUGGGUUCCGGUGACCAGUGCCCAAGCCUGCAGCCGGCCGGAGAGGCAGGAGCUGAGCGGGAGACGUCCAUAACGGCAAGAAAGGCCAAGCCAAGGGCACCCGUCAGCGUCAGCGGGCUGAAGACCCAGGAGGGUGUCGGGGUGGAGGAGGUGGGUGCGUCCUGGAAGCCCCUGCCUGGCUCCCUGCACGGCUCCCUGCACUCCCUCCAGGGAGGCCUGGUGCCUGCUGGUCCCCUGUAUCCCGGGAGGGCCCAGGAUCACUUGAAGUCCUUCUUCAAUCCUGGCAUGGGGCCUGAGGCUGCUCCUCGAGUUCCAGACCAGGGGGCCCCUCGGUUACCACCCGGGAACCCUGAGGACGCCCCCCUUCCUGAGGAGCUGGCCCAGGCUCUGCCAUCACCCCCAUCCUACUCCAGAGGCCUCCUCCACCCACCAUCGGCUGCCCGGACCAGCCUCGGGGACCUUUCACAGGACACUCCGUCAGAGGCCUGGCUCAGGGCCCAGACAGAGGGCGGUUGGCCUGUGCAGAGUGAGGCCAGGCCUGUGUGGGUCCCGCUGGAGGGUUUCACGCCCAGGAGGCACGGGGAGAUGCCUGUCUACUCAGUUGGGGAAGGGUCUUCCUUUGGUCCCGGGUCAAACCCUGCGGCUAGUUCCUCGGCGCACCUGGAGCGGUCAGCCUGCAGCCCGGGAGGGGAGGGGAGUCCGGGGCCCGGCCGGCUUCUCUGGAUCACGUCCACCACCUCGGAGGGGCCUACGAGGUGA